UCAAACCAUCAGUGGACCAUGCGUAGGCUGAAGCUGAAGGACGCAAAAUGAGCCUGCAAAAGCAAACACCCAGCGAUUUUCUAAAACAAAUUAUAGGGAGGCCAGUGGUGGUUAGACUGAACUCGGGUGUGGAUUACUGAGGUGUUUUAGCUUGUUUGGAUGGAUAUAUGAACAUAGCACUGGAACAGACAGAAGAAUAUGUAAAUGGCCAGCUUAAGAACAAAUAUGGAGAUGCAUUUAUUCAAGGCAACAAUGUGUUGUGCAACAGUACACAGAAGAUAAGACCUUAGAAGAUGUUGUGGACUGAAUAUUGAUUUUUGAUUUGAAAGACAUAAUUUUUUUAACGUAACAAAACUUUUCUUUAACUCUUUUGAAAAUGUAGUUUUCUACACUAUAUAACUGGUGGUUUCUCGAUAAAUAAUGAUUUAAUCCAUAUCUUCGUUUGGUUUACCAGAUAGUGGCUGUGAUGUAUGUGUCAAACGUGAUAUCUUAUUCUGACUGGUACUGGCCUAUUUUGGAAGUAUUGUAUACAAUUAAAGGAAUGUGCAUGUUUGGAUAGAAGCUAAUAUAUUGCUGAAAACAUUGUGAAUAAAGGACUUGAUGUAAAGGGAAAAAAAAGA